UCUAUCGACAUUAUCUCCUGUUUUGGAGAUUCAUUCAAUCACUCCAUUUCAUAAUCCUCUCUUCAUCAACAUCAUCGUUCAUAUAAGUUCGAGUCGCAGCUCUUGUUAAAGCUGUGAUACUCGAUCUCAAUGACUCAGUUAUUUCACGCUUCAUCUCCAAAUUCUCUUCCUGCCAAUAACGAGAAGCGGAAUUUGUCCGGUUCCUCGAUGUCGUCGAACAAGCAUUCCAAUGGCCACAGUCCAUUUCCUCAAAAGUUGAAGAACUUCUUUCGAAUCAACAGUUCAACAAACCAUAGUGAAAAGAGCGAUCCGUCACUAAAGUCCGAAGGCAAAUCAGGCUUUCGACAAUCCAAAUUCUUUCCAGGUGGUGGACGAAAUCGAUCAACGACAGUAGCAAGCGAAGGCAAUGCAUUAGACGACGGCGUCAGUAGUCCCACCGCACAUGCGAAUCCAUACUUUGCACAUCAAGGUCCUCCUGCCCUGCGACAUCACGACGAUGCAUCGAUACCUCCCAGUCCUCCCGAUACUCCAAGUUUCAAAGUCGAUACCGUUCCAGGUGUGAAUGAUCAAGCCACGGCAGCUGGCAAAGAAGAAUUGGCACGGAAACUAAGAAGAGUCGCGAGCGCUCCUAAUGCACAAGGUCUUUUCUCAGGUAAGGGUGAUGGUGAUCGACCGGCUACUGCCGAGCUUGGAAAGGAACCUUUGGUACACAAUGCUAGCACGACAAUGUUGAGUAUGGUGGAUGGAAAUGAUGCUAUGGGUGUAAGUGCUGAAGAUGACUUGGCACCCUUACAACCCCCCAGUCUACGAAACAAUCCAGCCUUCAGGAGGACGUACAGCUCAAAUUCCAUAAAAGUACGUGAUGUCGAGGUAGGACCAGGGAGUUUUGAUAAGAUCAAGUUGAUUGGUAAGGGAGAUGUGGGAAAGGUAUACUUGGUGAGAGAGAAGAAGAGCAGCAGAUUAUACGCGAUGAAAGUGUUGAGCAAACAAGAGAUGAUCAAGCGCAACAAGAUCAAGAGAGCAUUGGCAGAACAGGAAAUCUUGGCUACGAGCAAUCAUCCAUUCAUUGUCACCUUAUACCACUCCUUCCAAUCCGAGGACCAUUUAUAUCUCUGCAUGGAAUAUUGCAGUGGGGGAGAAUUCUUUAGAGCUUUACAAACUCGACCAGGCAAAUGCAUACCAGAAGAUGAUGCUAGAUUUUAUGCGGCGGAAGUCACUGCUGCAUUGGAGUAUCUACAUUUGAUGGGUUUCAUUUAUCGAGAUUUGAAACCUGAGAAUAUUUUGCUCCAUCAAUCUGGUCAUAUCAUGUUGUCAGACUUUGAUCUUUCGAAACAAUCGGCCCCUGGCGGAAAACCAACCAUGAUUCUUGGCCGAAACGGCACAAACGUAAAUUCCUUACCAACGAUCGACACAAAGUCAUGUAUAGCAAAUUUCCGAACAAAUUCAUUUGUUGGAACCGAGGAAUACAUAGCGCCAGAAGUUAUUAAAGGAUGCGGUCACACAAGUGCAGUUGAUUGGUGGACAUUGGGAAUCUUGAUUUAUGAGAUGUUGUUUGGCACAACACCUUUCAAGGGAAAGAAUCGAAAUGCAACAUUUGCAAAUAUUUUGAGAGAUGAUGUUCCUUUCCCGGAACAUUCUGGCUCUCCCCAAGUCUCAAAUCUUUGUAAAUCAGUAAUUCGAAAACUCCUAAUCAAGGACGAAAACCGACGAUUGGGGGCUCGAGCUGGAGCUUCUGAUGUCAAAACUCACCCAUUCUUCCGCACAACUCAAUGGGCACUUAUCAGACAUAUGAAGCCUCCCAUGAUUCCCCACCAAGGUCGCGGUAUUGACACUGUCAAUUUCAGAAAUGUUAAAGAGAGCGAAAGUGUUGAUAUCAGCGGAUCAAGAACCUUAGCGUCAGCUAAAGGAGUACCACUUGAUUCUGGCUUGGCAACACCAGGUGCUGCCGAAGUCGAAGUUGAUCCAUUCGAGGAAUUCAACAGUGUCACACUCCACCACGAUGGUGACGAUCACCAUCAAACCGUGGAUCAACAUAAUGGAAGAUAUGACGGUCGGUGAUUGUAAGUUUUGGCGAUCAUCAUAUCAGAAACUGUUUAUCGUCUAUACUAUGUGAUGGAGUUUGGAGGAGUCACUUGGAUGAUUGAUAGGACAAAAGACAUCUCGCGAGCAUAUUUUCCUAUGUCAUUUCUUUGAUUGCAAGGACUGGAUGAUUUUAAUACAUUGCUUGCGGUUGAUAUUCAGUAAGCAGACGAGUGUUUGAAGAAAAAACACAAAUACGAGACUAACGCUACGCAUUUUACCUCUUUCUGUUUGUAAAUACUGAAACUGGGAGAAGGGAGCAGAAAGACAAGGUUAUGGGGUUUUAAAUUUGGGAAUUUUUGAGGUAUAGGGAAAAGAGUUUGAGAAUUUGUGUUGUUUUCCCCAGAAUGUUCAGUCCAUUGACUGGAUCGUGUUUAUUAGCAAAGAUUUGGGGUUCAUUGUGGGGUAUGGCGCGUACCGGUUAAGAGAAUGGCGUUUUACUUUUCUAGCUCUCCUUUUCUGUGGCUGAUUAUGAUUGGGAGAUGGGAGAUGGGGACUGGAGCCGAAGGUAAAGGGAGGUUGGACGGGUAGUAAGGAUUAGCAGGUUAGAGGAACAUGUCGAUAGGUCAAUAAGUUGAUAGGAAUUCUACUUCUUCUUCAAUGAAGGGGUUGGUUUAACUAGGCGAAUCUGCGUAUAAUUUGUGAGAGUAGGUCUUGAAAGUU